AUGAGUAUGCAAGAGUACGCUCAGAAAUUCAAUGAGUAUGCUCGCUUUUGUCCAACUGUAGUUCCAGAUGAGGGAACUAAGGCUCAGAAGUUUGAAGACAGACUUAAGUUUGAUUUUCAGACUCGAAUGGGAGGUAGUACCUCAACUACUUUCGCGGAGGCAUGUGCUAAGGCCUCGAACCGAGAGAGAAUUCUACAGCGUCAGAAAGAAAAUUAUGGACAACAGGCCCAACAAGGGAAUAGGAUACAAAGGAACUUUGUUUGCAAAAAGUGUACCAAGAGCCAUCCAGAAUUCACUUGUCAGGGUGAACGGAUCAAAUGUUUUGCGUGUGGAGAAGUAGAUCACAAAUCGUUCAACUGUCCCAAGAAGCAAGCUCAAAAUGGACCAAGUGAGAAUAAUGGUAACAAUAGCGACAUUGGAGGUGGAAACAGAAUCCAAAACUUCAAUAGCAAUCGUCCCAGUGGAGGAAAUGCUGCACAUAACGGAAACCUGAACAACCGCCCUUUUGGAAGUGGAAAUCGAAACUAUGGAAAGAAUGGCAAUGGGGGCUACACCAAUGGAAGAAUCAAUGUCAUGAGCCGAAUGGAAGCUGACACCGAUGCUAACGUUGUGACUGUCAUAGCUGGUACUGAAUUACCGACCGAUCUUAUCCUUUUUGACCUAAAAGACUUUGACGUUAUCUUGGGAAUGGAUUGGUUAGCUAAGUAUAAGGCCAAAAUUGAGUGUCAUAACCAGAAAAUAUCUCUUAGAGGACUAAAGGGAAAUAAGGUAUCUUAUAAAGGCAUAAUCUUCCAGCUUGACGUCAAAAUAAUCUCUGCCAUAAACCUUCAAACCUAUCUUAGAAACGGCUACCCAGUCUACCUAUGCCAAGUAAGGGAUGUGAGCGUGGAAAACGAGGAGUUGACUCAAAUUUUGGUACUAAAGGAAUUUCCUGAUGUAUUUCUCGAAGAGUUACCUAGAAUACCGCCUGUCAGAGAAGUGAACUUCAAGAUCGACUUAGCCCCGGGAACAUGA